CUAGUUUGUUUUUCUGAGCAGAGAUAUGAGAACUUAAUUGUAGUGUGUGCUCUCAGGGAGGGUAUUUAAAAAAAAAAAAAAAAAACUUCUAAUUCUAUAAGGAAACCUUAGCCAUGCAAAGAGCUCAUAAAAUUGACACUAAAGAUGUCAUUUAGAUAAGCAAAUAUAUUCAUUCCCUGGACAGAAGAGUGGUUAAAACAUAGUGGUCUAAUGGAAAGCAGACCUAGACUUAAUGAUGCUAUGCAUAUGAAAAAUCCCUUGUAAAAAAAUCCAAUAAAUAUAAUAUUAUAACGUUUUCCCUAAGAAAUUAAGCUUUAAAUAAUGUAUUUGCGUGUUUUACUUUUUGAUACAGUAUGUAAUAGAAAUUUCAUACAGUUAAGUGUAAUUUAAAGAAAUAAUUUUUAUGCUGGUGCGAUUUCAAACAUUAUUUAAAGUAAUUUUCAAAACUUUCAUUGAAAAUUGGAUUAAAUGAACUCUCUCUUGUUUGGAUUUCAACAAAGAUGAUAUUCAUCGAAUAUGAUAAAUAUUUUGCUGAAUGAUCUAAUUUAAAGAGACUAUUUUAUUCAUACUUCAUCAACAUCUCAUUCAUACAGUGUAAAUAUUAAAAAUUUCACAUAGAAAGCUGCUUAACGAGCUACUUUCUUGUGCAUUUUGAAGGAUAACAUCAUUCAUGUAGUCUAUGUCAAAGAAUAUAUGGAAAGGCUGAAAUAUUACUGAAAGACUUUGUUUAUGCAUAAUGUGUGACAAAUCUUUUACGGCCAAGAGUAAUUUAAAAAGCCAAUAUCUUCCUCAUACUGGUGAAAAACCUUAUUCAUGCGCUGUUUGUAAUAAAACAUUCACUCAGAAAAGAAACUUACUUAAACACGCUCUUGUGCAUUCAGGAGAAAAGCCAUAUUCAUGCAGUGUGUGUGAUAAAGCAUUUUCUUGGCAAUCUCAAUUAAAGGAACAUUUUUUAGUUCAUACUGGAGAAAAGCCAUAUUCAUGCAGCAUCUGUGAUAGAACAUUCACUAAUAAAGGAAAUUUAAAUAAACAUUGUCUUGUUCAUACGGGAGAAAAACCUUACUCGUGCAGUUUGUGUGAUAGAACAUUUUCUCAGAAAUACCAUUUAGAAGUACAUUAUCUUGUUCAUUUUAAAGAGAAGCCAUAUUCAUGCCGUGUUUGUGAUAAAACAUUCGCAAGGAAACCUGAUUUAAAUCAACAUUAUAUUGUUCAUACAGGUGAGAAGCCUUAUUCGUGCAGUGUGUGUGAUAAAACAUUCUCUAAGAAAGGAAAUUUAAAUAUACAUAGUCUUAUACAUACUGGCAAAAAACCUUAUUCAUGUAAUGUGUGUAAUAAAUCUUACACGAGGAAAGCUAGUUUAGAUAAACAUCUUGCUGUUCACACUCUUGCAAAGCCUCUUUGAGUGAGUGUGAUAAAUUUUAUGAACAUAAAUACAGUUUAAAAAAUAUAUUAGAUUGCCAUUCCUGUAGACUAGACUUAACCAAACUGGGUUCUUUUGUUUAAGAAAAUUAUUUUACGCAAUUUAUGUUUAUACUGAAGAUUAUUUAUGUAUUAUGAAGAAAAUUAUUUAUGUUUAUACCGAAGAAAAAUCUUGUUUACGAGAUUAAAGAAAUAAGCAAUCUUUUGUUCAUACUGAAUACAUAUUUUUUUGUAAAAAGGAUCUAAUUUGAAGAGACAUUAUUUAAGUCAUAUUUCAGAGUGACCUUAUUCAUACAUUAAUAAUACAAAGUAAAAAGCCAUUUUAAGAAAUUCUUUCUCAUGUAUUUUGAUAAGCAACCUUAUUCACUCAGUCUAUGUAAAAAACUUACGCAAGGAAAUUCUGAGACACCAAAGAGAGGCCUUAUACAUGCAUUAUAUGUGAAAAAUCUGAAACAGAUGAGAUCAAGAGUAAAUUAAAGAACUAUAUUUAUCAUAAUGCAGAAAAAUCAUAUUCAUGUAACAUAUGUGAUAAAGCAUUCUCUCACAACGGAAAUUUAAAUACAUACCAUCGUGUUCCUGCAGAAUAAAAACCUUUUUCAUGCAGUGUGUGUUCAAACGUUGGCUAGAAAUCAUGAUUUAAAUAUACACCGUGCUGAUCAUACAGGAGAGAAACCUUACACAUGCAAUGUGUGUGGUAAAACUUUCUCUCAAAGAGAAAUUUUAAAGAAACACUAUUUUGUUCAUACUGGAGAAAAACCUUAUUCAUGCAGUGUGUGAUAAAUCUUACAAAAACAAAGUUGGUUUAAAUAAACACUCUGUUGUUCAUUUUCUCGUGAAGCAUCUGUGCAUCUUCCAACAAAAAAGUUCAACACGCAGAUGUGCGAUAAAUGUUAGGAACAUAAUACAGUAUAGAGGAAUCUUAAAUUGCUAAUUCAGAAGACUAGACUUAUGCAUGCAUUUUUUGUAAAACCAUUUUCUUUUAAAACUAUUGUUCAUAUUAGAGUAAGAAUGAUAAAAACAUUCACAAAGAAAGCAAAUUAAUAUAAAUGCUUUUUUGUACAUAGUAGAGAAUUUUUUUUCAUUCUCUGCAUGUUUAAACAUUUAUUUUGCUAAGAAAUUUGAAUAGGGGAGAAAAACUUUGCUUAUGCUCUGUGUGUAAUAAAACAUUCUCUUAGAAAAUU